CUUUACUUAAAUUGCGUCACGAAUCCAAAACGGCCAUAUUGAAAAGUUAGGAAUUUGCCACUGAAAAAUCAAAUUUUAUGCCUUUAUAUCGUUAAAAGCAGACUUUGUUGUCCUACUAAUAAAAUGGAAGUUCAAAAUUAUAAUAGUGAAAACUUCAUGGGAGCAUAUAACAAUGGAGAGUACAAUGCAGAAGAGGGAGAAUAUGUAGAACCAUAUAAUCCAGGAGAAGAAUUCAUAGAACUCGACUCAACGCAGGAAGGAGAGAUUUCACCAACAUCACAGGAGAAGGAGCGAGAUAGAGAGCGGAGACAUCGCCAUAGAGACAGAAGGGAUAGAAGAAGUGGGGAUAAAGAUCGUCAUGAAAGAAGACGGGAUCGCGAUAGAGACAGACGUGAUAGAGAAAGGCGCCACAGUGGGAGAGACAGGAGUUCUCAUAGAGAGGACAGAUAUGAUGAAGAUACUGGAUCCACAGAUGGAGAUAGUCGUGAUAAUUUCAGAGACUACAACAGAAGCAAUGAAGAUAGAGGAGGAGAAAAAUGGAUGACUGACACACCAACUAAUACUAUACUAUUGAGGGGUCUUCCUCAAAAUAUAGAAGAAGCAGAUAUACGAGGAGAAUUGAUGAUGUUUGGAGCUCCUGUUAAAGAUGUCAGAUUAAUGAGAAGAAGUUCUGGUGCUUCCCGAGGGUUUGCUUUUGUGGAGUUUCAGAGCAUAGCAGAUGCACAGCGCUGGAUGGAUCAGAAUCAGGGAAGACUUAAGCUUCAGAACCAGUUCCAUAUAAGCAUGCAUUAUAGUACACCAAAAACUGGACCUGAGAAAAACCUACACAAGACGGACUGGACAUGUGGAAAGUGUGGAGUCCAUAAUUUCAAGAGAAGGGACCAUUGUUUCAAGUGCAAUUUAUCUAGAGAAGAAUCUGACAGAAAAAAUGAGGCUGACGGCUUUGAUCAAGUUGGGACAAAUCCUUGUAACACAUUGAUUUUUCGUGGUUUAGAUGCCCUUACUACAGAAGACAAUCUGAUUCGUGCCUUGUCAACAGUAAGAAUAUCUGACAUCAAAAAUAUACAGGUGAUGAGAGAUGAAUCUACUAGCAUUUCCAGAGGAUAUGGUUUCCUUGAGUUAGGUUCAGUGAUGGAAGCCACACAGUUGCUGAAUUGUAUCUCACAAGUGUCAUUUGAAGUUGAUGGGAAAAUGAUCCUUGUGAACUUUGCUAAAAACACUUAUUCUACUGUGAUGGCAACACUGGCUGCACAAUAUGCAGGAGAACAGCAGGGAACAUAUGAUGUCAGCCAACAGAGUACUUAUUAUGAUGGAUACUAUCAGCAAGGAACAGAGUAUGAUCAGCAACAGUACAGUGGACAAUACUAUGAUGGACAGAACUAUGACUACUCUCAGUACUAUGAUCAGAAUGGAGCAGCUGCUACACCUACUCAAACAGAUUCAACAAAUGCAGCAGCAGCAGUAGCCCAAGCAGCUAUACAACAGGCUAACGCUGUUAAGCAUCUUGUUAAUAAACAAGUAAAAGGACAAGUACCAGAGUUACAGGUUGUUAAUCAAGAUCAGUCACAACAAAGUGCACAAGAAUACCAAGUUUAUCCUCCACCAGAUGUAUCUCAAUAUCAAUAUGAAGAAACAUCAGGAUACUACUAUGAUCCCACAACUACACUUUAUUAUGAUGCAAGCACACAGUAUUACUACAAUGCUCAGACAGGACAGUUUUUGUAUUGGGAUGCAGAUAAGUUUACUUAUCUUCCUGCUCCUAAUGGGGAUGAAAAUUCAGGUAGAGAUGGUGAUCAGAGGAAAGAACCCGGCAAUAAAAAGGAGAAAGUUAAAGUAGCAAAGAAAAUUGCUAAGGAUAUGGAGAAAUGGGCAAAGUCUUUAAAUGCACAGAAAGAAACAAUUAAACACUUUAAUAAAACAUUUCAAACUAUAUCUGGUGUAAGGAUUAUGGAUGAUAAAAAAGAAUCAGCAACAGCUGAUGCUGGCUUUGCUAUCCUAGAAAUGAGUGUUAAAGGUGGAUUGGUAGAAGAUAAAAAAUUAAUGCCACCACCACCAUUCCUGAGUGGCGGUCCUGCCAAUCAGGCUCAAUCUCCAACAGCACAGGCUGCAAGUGCUGCAGGUUUAGUAGCUUCCUAUGGUGGAGAUAGUGAUUCUGAUGGGGAAGAAGAUUCACAAGGAGGUGGUGUAGAUGAAAGCAAACUAACAGACUGGAACAAAUUAGCUUGUUUGUUGUGCAAGAGACAGUUUCAAACUAAAGAAAUCUUAGUAAAGCAUCAACAGAUGUCAGGUUUACACAAAGAAAACUUGGAAAAGUUAUACCGAUCAAAAGGUGUCAGUCCAGGAGGAAAUACUGAUGCAGAAAAAUUACAAUACAGAGACAGGGCUAAGGAAAGGAGGGAAAAGUAUGGAAUACCACCACCACCAGAACCAAGAAAUAAAAGACCAGAGGUACCAGCUGUUUAUGAAGAACCAACUAAAACAGGAAUUGGUGGAGAAAAUAUUGGAAAUAAACUGUUGCAAAAAAUGGGUUGGUCAGCAGGACAAGGUCUUGGGAAGAAUCGACAAGGCAUUGUUGCUCCUAUCACAGCUCAGAGAAGGAAUGCUACAGCUGGUUUAGGAAUGAGAGGUGCAAGCAAUGUCGCAAGUGGUGGAGAUUCCUACAAAGAGGCAGCCAGAAAAAAUAUAUUUGCUCGAUACCAAGAAACAGAAUGAACUGUGAUAAAAUAAAAUAUAUAACAUUUUUUGCUUCGCUAACAUAAUGUGACAAGCAAUCUUUCACAAAGAGAAGUUUCAAUAAUAAUUUAUUACAACCAAAUAAAAACUAUUGAUAACAUCAACAGCUGCGCAUUUAUGGAGCUGAGAAUAUAGAAAAAAAGAAAACAGAAUAGUUGCUCAUAUUUCUAGCAGAGACCAUAGAAAACCGAUAAAGAGAGUGCUAUUCGAGUUAAUGGCUUGUAUGGAGGAUAAACAAUAAAGCACCAUGAUACCUGUAAUUUUGUACAGUUUUUGUAAUGCUUUCUGUAUAUAAGGGUUUUAUUGAUUUUGUUUUGUAACAAUUUAAUAGGUUGUAAAAAGUGAUGUACAUUCAGAGGUGGAAAGUGCAGAAACAUUUAUAAUAUUUUAGAACAAAGUAAUAUUCUUGUUGUUUUUUUCAAAAUGAAUAUAAUCAUGUAUGUAUUGAAUUAACAAAGAAUUAAUUUGAUUUUGAGUGAAAAGAAUAUUGUAAAUAGAGAAGCAUAGUAUAAAUGUACAUAGUAUCACUACAUCAUGGUAAUAUAUUUGUACAGAUAUUUUCUACUGCUAACAAAAUAUACUGUAAACCAAGAA